AUGGGGGAGUAUCCUUACGGAAGAGGAGGAGGCCCGCGAAGGCGUCGGCGAGGGAGAAGGCGACGCGGCGGAUGGAGAGGUCGAGGCACGGGUCGCACUUGGCGUCCAGGUCGUACCGCGGCGGGAUCCCCGAUUUGGGAGGCGGAGACGAAGUCGCCGGCGCCGAAGCUGGCGCUAGCGGCGGCGGUGUCGGGCGCCUCUGCCAUGGCGAGGGUUUCGCGGCACAAGGAGACGGGCCGACGCGAUUCUGGGGAGGGAGGCACAGAGGGGCGGACCGGCGGAGACAGCGGCGCGGCGUGGGUGUGGGUCGCUCGCGCUCUGCAACGGACGGAACGGGAAAGGGAACGGGGAAAGAAAGAACGCCGAAAAGGAAAGGAGACGAGCCAGUCGGAUCGUUCGCUCGGAAAGAAAACGGUGAACGAUCGUAGAAGUGGAAUUGGGGGCCUCUAUGGCUGUGAACGGACCCAGGAGCUGCCCCUUUGUCAAAAGCAAUAUGCUGUGCCAUGGCUAUAG